ACUCAACCUCUUGUUUUCCUUCUGCAUUUGAUACUCAGAAAUAUAUUGCAUCUAUCUAUGGAGGUUCAAUUUAGCCAUUGCAGGGAGAGGCUAGUGGUUAGAGCUGAAGCUGGAUGGAUGGGUAUGGGGAAAGGGGCAAGAGGCAAAGCCCUUGGACUGAUCCAAGCCCUCUUUGUCUGUCUCUGGAUCUUCCCAACAGUGACAUCUCAGUGUAAAAUCAUGAAGUGCAACUCUGAAUUCUUGGCUGCGACAUCAGGGCCUCACCACCUGGGCACAGAGGACACCCCCGAGUUCUGCAUGGCCCUCCGCGCCUACGCCCACUGCACCCACCGCACGGCUCGCACCUGCCGGGGGGACCUGGCUUACCACUCUGCCGUCCACGGCAUCGAUGACCUGAUGGCCCAGCACAACUGCUCUAAAGACGGCCCCACUUCGCAACCCCGGCUCCGCCCGCUGCCCCGGGGUGACAGCCAGGAGCGCUCCGACAGCCCAGAAAUUUGCCAUUACGAAAAGAGUUUCCACAAACACUCGCCCCCUCCCAGCUAUACACACUGUGGGCUGUUCGGAGACCCGCACCUCAGGACUUUUUCAGACAGCUUCCAGACGUGCAAAGUCCAAGGGGCAUGGCCGCUCAUAGACAAUAACUACCUAAAUGUGCAGGUCACCAACACACCGGUCCUACCCGGUUCUGCAGCAACAGCAACUAGCAAGCUUACCAUCAUUUUCAAGAGCUUCCAGGAAUGUGUGGAGCAGAAAGUCUACCAGGCUGAGAUGGAUGAACUCCCAGCAGCCUUUGCUGAUGGUUCCAAGAACGGUGGCGACAAGCACGGUGCCAACAGCUUGAAGAUCACAGAGAAGGUGUCUGGUCAACACAUCGAGAUCCAGGCCAAGUACAUUGGCACCACCAUCGUGGUGAGGCAGGUUGGCCGCUACCUCACCUUUGCUGUGCGGAUGCCCGAAGAGGUGGUGAAAGCUGUCGAAGAUGGAGACAACCAGGGCCUUUAUCUCUGUCUCCGGGGCUGCCCGCUCAACCAGCAGAUAGACUUCCAGGCCUUCCGUUCAACCACGCAGACCACGGAAAACCGGGCUCGCCGAAAAGGCACAAGCCUCCCUUCUCCACCAGAGUCUUUCACCUAUGAGAUGGCCAUGGCAAAGUGCCGGGAGAAGCUUCCAGUGGAAGACUUGUACUUCCAAUCCUGCGUCUUUGACCUCUUGACGACGGGAGACGUCAACUUCACCCUUGCUGCUUACUACGCUUUUGAAGAUGUCAAGGUGCUCCACUCCAACAAAAACAAGGUGCACCUUUACGAAAGGACACGAGACUUGGAGUCAGGCAACACGGCCCCCUCGGAGCUUCCCACGCCUCUCCUCCUUUUGCUGGCAGUGUUGGCGUGCUUGAGCCAACGGCCAGCCGUUUUCCUAUAGGCCGUCAUCCCUGGCAGACCUUGCUACAUCGGAGAAAACAAGAGAACAAUUGUACUGGAUAACUAAAAAGCUGAGCCAACUUAGAGCUAAUUUUAGUUUUUAGUGACUCCUCUUCCUCCAGGGGAAAAAAAAAAAGCAACGCAUUGAGUGGGUUUGGACCUUCUUGCCAAACGGAGGCCGUCCUCUACUUUGAAGAGUUUUGAACUCACAGCUGCUCCCCCUAGUUCCCUUCCUCCUUCAGUUGGAAAGGAUGAUGGGAGGCUCCUCAUUCCCUCCUCUCAAUGCCCCCCCUUUUUUUGCUGUACUACAAAUGGUUGUGGUGAUUGUGACAUUGGCGUUUGUGUAAAGUUGAAAUAGGUGGGGUGUUUGUUUUAGAGAGGUGGCAGCAGUUGGCUGCUUCCAGAAAUGAACUGCAGGAUCGGGACUGCACAGAGAUGGUGUUAAAAAAAUUAAAAGGAAAGGAAGACCCACUUAAAGGGUUCUGUGCAAGCAGAGCUUAGUCAGGCACAGGCAGAGAAAGAGCCUCACUUCCUCUGCGGCUGGCUUUCGGUUUGAUGCACCUGCUUUUGCUGGGGCGUGCCGAAUGUUCCUGGCAAACAGGCUCUUGCUCACUUAUACCCUCCACAUGUGUGGGACUUGCCGUUGCACAUGCAAACAGCUGUGGGUGCACACCCAGCGUCUGUGUUCUUGUUUGUGUGCAGCUGCUGGCAGCUGCCUCUGUACAGGUGGGUGGGACAAGGGAUCAACAUUUGCCUUCCCCCUCCUCUGGCCCUGGAAAGGUGAUAUGGAUGGGGAGCCAGUUUGUAAGAAUGUGCUUCUUUCCGCCGCCUCUCGGCAUCUGGCAAGCUGGCGGGGCAUCCUAAGGGGAUGUGAGUCCCUUUUAAUGGAAUUUCAACAGGGAAGGUGUUGUGGGGAGAUGUAGUGCUUUUGACACAGAUCCAAGGGCGGCUUGAUCUUGGGAGAAACCCUUCCUAGCAGCUCAGAUCUCUGCUUUGCUUUAAGGAUUGCUGACUUUAUUUACCGAUUUCACAUCCUCCUCUGAUACUCUCAGGAGGAUAAAUUAGGCUAGUGUUGAGGUGGUCAGAAGGGCCCCUUUCUUUUAGGUGCAACCUUCAACCAACGCUGCAAGGCUGCCCAAGAAAUGGCUAUCAAGAACUUUCUUCCUUUCAAAGUCCUUUGCUUAGAUUACCCCCAAAUCUCUUUGGGGUUUUGUGUUUUGUGUUCAAGCCAUCAGGAGCCCUGGAGGGAAGCUUCAGAGUUCUAAAAUGAUAGAAAAAGAGGUGUGGGGUGUUGUUGUUUUUUGCACUCCAUCUUGUUCCUCAUGCCUCUGUUUGCAGAUUGCAGGUGCCCCCUGAAAUCCCCCUGUGCAUCUACAGCAAGGAUGAUCCAAUGAUCCAGUUUCUCCUGUUGCAGAGAACCCCUCGGAAGAAGCUACCUGUUAGAUCUCUGCUUUCUUGCUCUGGGAUUGCCUUUCAGUCAAGAGGCACACCCACAGUCAGAUGCAGAAGCUCAGGGAGUGGACAAGUCUUUCUGUUGCUCACUUGAAACUAGUACUGUGCUGAAAUCUGUCCUCUGGUUCUUCAGAUUAUUUUUUCCCCUGCAAAAGAGUUAUCCAUUUUUCUGCCUCAUUCCCAGGGCACUUUAGAAGUUCUUUAGAAGCUCGGUGGAUGGGAGGUUUGGGGCUUACAUUAUCCAGUUGCAGGUGGCGGCUCCAUGUCUGUGGGGCAGUGGAAUCCACUCCUGGUUUUAGUCUGAAAUUUCAAAGAGCUGUCCAAGGUGCUUUCUGCUGCCCCGCUGACAUGGAGCUACCAACCACCACCGACCUUAUCCUUGCGAGGAGGUCAAGUGCUGUGUGCUUGUUCUUCUUACCAGUAAGCAUUUCUCUAGCAUUGUGCAGCCUCCCUGGCUGCCUGCGCCUCCUGAUUGAAAAAAAAUCUGGGGUGGCUGCAGAGUGCGGACCAUUGGUGAGAUGAUUUGUAGAAUGAAAUCUGUAGGCCACCUGAAAAGUAAAGGUAACGUAAGCACAACUACAACACUGCACCCAACCCAUGAGAAUGUUUUCAAAAUUAUCUCUUCUCUUUGGUAAUUUUCAAAUGCAAUUUCUUUUCUCAUUAAUUGAUAGAGAAUGGUUGAAUAACAUGCAGGAGAAAUGUUCAGCACAGCACUAUAAAUGCCAGCCCUGUCAGGUUUGAGAGCAAACUACCAUUCUUUUAAUUCAGGAGACGGGGGAGUAUGUCUCAGUAUUUUGGAAAUGUCUUAGAAGGUUCAGCUUGCCUGCUUUCCUUGACAUGUGGUCGUCUUGUCUUCCCCUACAGACCCGUCUGAGCCAGGGAGUGUUUAGGAGACUUCCUAAGCCUGGAUAAUGAUUCCAGGGGAAAAGAGUAUUUGCUUGACUCCCCCGGCCCCUCACUCUCCUUAACAACUCACAGUAUGACGUUUCAAGCCUCGUCUGCUUUUUUCCAUCCUCACUUAGGGCCACGUUGACAUAGCCACUUUGUACAUAUUGAGCACAGUCUUUGCACCAGCCACGCUGUUUUUUUUGGUGAAAGCCCCCACAUGUCUCCAAUCCAGCCUGCAGGUCAACAUGAAGGAUGAGCUUGAGGCACUACCUGGACAUGCACUGGGCCAUCACAAAGCCCAUAAGAUGCACACCAGUCCCUGAAAUUGUUAGCCCGGCAUCUGUCCAUGAUGACUGCCUAUAUUUCAUUCUUUGUACAUGUAGUGAGAUGCACACAUACAAAAUGUCACACUUGGCAACCAAGACAUGGGUCUUGUGCUGUUUCCUCCAAGGAAGUGCUUUCUCUCCUAUGGCGCUCAAAACCUCCAUAGGAUUGAGAGGUCUUUUAUCUUUUUGCUGUUGUCCAUUCUUUCAUCUCCUCUGCCCCACCUCUCUGGAGAUUUUUUUUUUUCCAGCGAGAGGACCAGGUUGUCAAGCGAGAACCUCUUUGAGGAAUUUGCUCACAUGGAAGGUGCCAACCCCAUAAUAUGCAGCAAACAGUUUAAACCCACCCAACAGACAAAACAACCAUCCACCAGCAUAGCUGCAACCCCAUUCAAAAAUGGUACCCAUGACUUUUUCUCCAUGGGAAUGGCAGCAAGUUCAGACUGGGAAAAUAACAUGUGAGGGUGGAGAGCUAAGCACUGCCUUUCCUCAACGCCACUGCUCUGAUCAGGCACAGAGCCCCUUUGUGGCCUUGGGGCUACAUUAACGUAAAAGCAAAAAAUGAAACAACCCCAUGAAGAGAUCUAGUUGCUGAUCUCCUGCGUACCACAUAGGUUUGCCCUAGGAAUUUCAGGAGUUGAGAAUGUGAACGGACGAAAGAUAGAAAGUGAAUUCAGACAAGCAGGAGAGGUCUAGCAGGAACCUCCCAUUUGGUGAGUGUUCAGAUCAGUACUCCUGACUUGACUAAUGAACUAGCCUCCUUUGUACAAUAUGUUUACCGGAAUAUUUGCCCAAGUUGUCUGCAACAGGCGUGGGGAUCAUGUGGGCCUCCAGAUGGGAUUGGGCUUCAGUUCACAUUAUCCUUGGCCAUUGGAUAUCCUAGCUGGGGUUGAUAGAAGUUGAGGUCCAACAACAUCUAAAGGACCACAAGUUCUCUGUCUCUGUAUGUCUCAAAAGUGUGCCAUUUCCCCACAUCGAGUUCAAAAUUAUCUUCCUUGGAAAAACUUUUUAAGAUCUUCAAAUUGGGGGGUUGGGGAGGGAGUCUUCUCAACAGACUUAUCCUUUAUAACCUCUCCUCUCUUCCUCUCAGGUUGACCUCUCAGUCCAGUAAGUUCAACAACCAUUUUCCAACUGUUGGAAUAUCUCUGUUUUAAUGCUCCAUUUUUAUAAAUUUUUUUAAAGCACUUUAUUCUGGUUACGUUAGAGCAAGUUCUGGCUUACAGGCAAAGCAAUGCCAACAAAAACCCAAUGGAUUAAAAAAAAUGGGGAAACCUUAAGUGAGCCUCUCUGACCUUCUUCCUUUCCACCUUUGUGUGUGCGUGCGCGUGUGUAUGUGUGUGUGUUUAGAACUUAUCUGGGGUGUUGUUGUAAAUACUGUAAAUUAUUUAUUGAUGAAAAAUGCAAGUAAAAUUUUUCU